GAGUCAAUCUGCUCUUAUACUCACACCAGGCACUCCGCUAGUCGUAGCGGGCUUGGGUGUCGUUGUGGACUUGACAUAGUGAAGGCGCAAUCGCUUUUGCUGUACUGUGCCAUCUCCCAUGAUCUGAUUGCGAAGGUUCCUCGUUUGAUCCAGCUCUUGAACAUCUUAGCUACAGAAGCAUUCUGAUGAGAUGCUAACAUCGUUGACGCAUCAGGAAUCAUUAUUUGCAUUAUUGUCCUCAAUCGUCUACCCAUGGAGUACCAAUCGGCGGCCGCAUAGUUUAUAUUAAGUACGUUCUUCUGGUCUACCUGAGCAAGUACAACCGUUCGCAUAGUGGACGUGCGCAUCUACUGGCAUCCAUAUUGUCCAUUGCAAGCCAUACGUUCAAGAAACUGUCAUGGCCGAUACACCUCCUUCACCACCUAUCUCUAUAUCGCGGCUGCUAGGUGGCGAGGUUAUUGCGAUGUGUUUUGCUUUCAUUUUGUAUGGGGUAACCACAACUCAGGUCUAUUUAUACUUGUUCAAUUGCAAGCAGGAUUUGCGUUGGAUAAAACUGCUAGUAGGGUCGGUAUGACACUACAUAGUGCAUUCGUACUUCGGCAACUAUAUUUCUUAGUUGUCAUCAGCUUCGGCGACUACGAUUCUAUUGCCGUAGUCGAUUGGAGCUUAGCUGCCAUGACUUUUGCAGAGAUAUUUGUAAUCCUAUUUGUGGAAGGGUUCUACAUCUGGCGCAUUUGGAUAUUAAGUAACAGGUCUUCGACGCUGGCGAUCAGUCUGACCAUUUUGCUUGUGACGCGACUGGGCUUCACUUUAAGUACAGGCAUCUUCAUACUUCAAAAGGGACAUUGGGCCGACCUUCAAGCAUCAUUCACUCCAUCUUUAUCGGUCUUGAUGACGAAUAGCUUCUCCGCAGUUGUUGAUGGCAUUAUCGCUGUUUCGAUGAUUGUGUUCUUCCGCCGCGGGCAGUCGAGACACGAUGACAAAAUCAAUGGCGCCCUUCGAUGGCUUAUGAUGUAUUCUGUCAAUACGGGUGCCAUCAGCAUGAUCAUAUCGAUCAUCAUCGCAAUCACAUAUUCAACAAUGAGUAACGAUCUCAUAUUCGGAGGGUUGGUUAUCUUAACGGGCAAAUUGUAUGCAAAUGCUCUACUUGGCACGCUCAAUGCAAGACGUAUCAUGCGAAAGAAAAUGAGGGUUGACAGCAUGGACAUUGGACAACUCGAACUCCCUCAAUUUACAACAAUUCCUAUAAUUGAGGAAUCUCAGUCAUUUGAUACGAGGAUUCUUGUGGAACUUUAAAUACUCUGUUACUGACCAGCCUGGUCUCCACUUUACGCAGAUGUUUUAUAUGUUUUGUAAUCAGUGGGCCCAGAGUUCAUUGGCGAUUGGUUCAAAUUGGAAGCAAGAGUCGAGUGAGGUUAGGUCUGAUGGAUUGCAAUGACUUUUUCCCAUAACCAGGAAUGAAGUCCCGAAUUCAGA